AUGGACGCUGCCAGGCCACAGUUCAAGGAGUCAAUAACCGACCUGGUCGCCAACGAGCUUUUUGGCACUUACUACAAGCCCAUCUACAACAUCAAGAUCGCUUUCGAAGACUGUCCUCCUUCCUCAGCCAGCAGGCGAAGCAUCGACGACUCGCGCCCUCCGAAAGUCUGGUUCAGUAUCCAACCCAUGCUGGCAAAGACUAAGGAUGAUGGCGAUACCGACGAGCUUAGAGAUAGGAUUUUCAAGAGACUGGCCCCUGCUUUUUCCAUUGAAAGCGUAGCCCUCUACAGCUUAGCGUACGGGACUUUCGUCGAGGUCAGAUGUCCAUCUCGAGAAGCCGCGGACUGCUUGGCGACAGACGUCAUCCCGUGGACAGAGAAGCUUCAAGGCCAGUAUAGGAGAACAUCCCGCACCAUAACAGUCAGAGUCAUCCCCCGGGCCAUUCGUAUGGCCAAUGUCGUCGCAGUCGACUUCGGCCCGGUGGCAAGACCGGGAAAGUCCUUGGCCUCUUCUGGCCUCUCGGACGAUGAUUUCAUCGAGGCAGUCCGGUACCUGGAGCGAUGGUUCUCGGCUUGGAGGACGUGCGAGGAUCGUGUACUGGGCCUCUGGCGGGAAACAUCGUGGAUGUCGAGCGAGACAGGAUACACAGAACAGGCACCCGACUCGGCCAGGGCAGCCUUCGUCAUGCCGGGCUUUCCCUUCGUCAGCCGGCCUUUGUCACUCUUUCUGCACGAAGACUACGUCUUUCGUCUCAGCUACAUCGGUCAGACGACACCACAUUCGCUUUAUUCUGGCCCGCUCUUUCCUGACUCUUAA